AUGAGCAUCUCGGCCGUGGCUGCGGCGCCGUUGGCGGCUCGCGAGAGCGGUGGCGAUGAGGAGGGCUCUCCAACUUGGGUCCUCGCUGUCGCCUCCAUCGUUCUCGUGCUGCUGGGAGGAGCAUUUGCCGGCCUGACCAUCGCGUUCAUGGGGCAAGACAGCAUCUACCUUCAGGUGGUCUCGAAUGAUCCCACGGAGCCACAGCACAAGAAUGCCGGGCGGGUUCUCAACUUGCUCAAGAAGGGGAAGCACUGGUUGCUCGUCACGCUCCUCCUAGCCAACGUCAUUGUCAACGAGUCAUUGCCCGUCGUCCUCGACCGCACCCUAGGUGGAGGCGUUGCUGCUGUCGUCGGCAGUACCAUCCUCAUCGUCAUCUUUGGUGAAAUCGUCCCACAGUCCAUAUGUGUCCGAUACGGCUUGCCCAUCGGCGGCUACAUGUCCAAGCCCGUCCUCGUCCUCAUGUACCUCCUGGGCCCCGUGGCCUGGCCGACGGCGAAGCUCCUCGACUGGAUCCUCGGCGAAGACCACGGCACCGUGUACAAAAAGAGUGGGCUCAAGACCCUCGUGACCCUCCAUAAGUCGCUGGGAGAUUUAUCGGAACGACUUAAUCAAGAUGAGGUCACCAUCAUUACGGCGGUCCUGGAUCUCAAGGACAAGCCCGUGUCCGAAGUGAUGACGCCGAUGGAUGACGUCUUCACCCUUGCCGAAGAUCACAUCUUGGACGAGAAGACCAUGGACAAGAUUCUGUCUUCUGGUUAUUCGAGAAUACCCAUCUACCGCGCCGGCAGCCCGAAGGACUUUGUCGGCAUGCUUCUGGUCAAGACGCUCAUCACAUACGACCCCGAAGACAGAAUUCCGGUACACGACGUGCAGCUUGGAGCCAUUGUCGAGACCCGACCGGAAACCAGCUGCCUUGACAUCAUCAACUUCUUUCAGGAGGGCAAGUCCCACUUGGUGCUCGUGUCCGAGUUUCCGGGCUCGGACCACGGCGCGAUGGGAGUGGUGACCCUGGAAGAUGUGAUUGAAGAGCUCAUUGGAGAAGAAAUUGUGGAUGAAUCGGAUGUAUACGUGGACGUGCACAAGGCCAUCAGACGCCUCACACCAGCCCCCCGAGCGAAACGGCUUCACAACGAGGCCGCCACAGCUGCCACGGCCGCCGCACUCGCGGCCAAGAAGCCCAGCGGAGACGGAUCGCUCCUGGUGGACAUUGCCGAGCACCCGGAUGGACGGGCCGUUACUGUCGGCUCCCUCGGGGCGCAGAGCGAUACGGGCGUCGCCGAGGAGCAUCAUCCCAAGACAGCCAUCUUCAUGAAGCGCCGCAGCUCGGCGGGUCCAGACGGGAAGCCCGAGAGCGGCACCGUCCCCGUCAAGGCGUCUUUGGACGAGAUGAGGCAGCAGCUCCGACUCGGACCGGCCAACCGGGCGGCGAAGCCGCGCAACACCCGAACCAAUGUCUUCAAGAUCAAGCAGGGUCUGGGCGUUACGACUUUGGUCGGCACCAGCGGGAACGGGAAGCUGGCCGAGGUGCCUACGGCGGUGAAAUCGGCCGACACUACGGAGGAGACGCCGCUCCUGAUCCGGGACCCGAUGGCGAAUGGAGGUCGAUUGGAGGUUAGGUAUGGCUCAGACGCGGCAAAAAAGAUGGCGGCGGCUUGCGAUGACGAGGACGAACAUUGA